ACAGAACAUUAAAUCCGAGGUUAAGCAGCUUCAGUUCAGAGCUCAAGAAUAUACAAGGAAUUUAAGGUAAGAGCCUUUAAAUCUUCUUAAGUUACAUGUCUUAUCAUUUUCUUGGAACCUAAAAAUUGAGAAGAGAUAAAACUAAAAGAGUGUGUUGCUUUUGAUCAAGAGCUGAUUUUCUUUUUGAUUCUAUGCUAAACAUUUCCAUUUGUACCCCCUGGAAAUCUGAACAUCAAACAAAGGAAACCAGAUAUUUAUCAAUUAUUUAAUUGAAAUUUUUUCCCGAGAAAAGAUUCGUUCGAAAAAAAGGCUGUAGAACGUGUCCCUAUCAAAAGGCGAAAAUCGUCCUAAAGUGUCCGUAACUCUACAGGUUCUUUAAUAUGUCUUCAACUCAAGCAAUCCCAUAUACUUUUUUAGAUUUAUCAGCGAACCAGUUUUUAAGGUACACCCUUUAAAUAUAUUUUUGAUUCUCAUAGUUCAAGUAGAGAAUGUUAUUUCGCAGGAAAAUUCAACCGCGUUCCAAUUCAAACGAAACAUUCUUUAACUGAUCACUGAAUUAGUCACUGAUUUUUCACAGGGCACCACUUGAGUAACGUGAAGCAUGGUCAGCCUUAUUCUUGUGCCUCUUCUACUGUUAUCUAUCGCUGCUAUUGGUAAGAUCUUUUAAAACCCUUUUUUAUUGCACACUGAUUAUUUGUUCCUUUGCAUGUUACCAGUGGUAACGGCACAAGAUUGUUUUUUUUUUCCAUAAACGUUUAAGUUCUUACAAAUUUGAUUUCAAUUGCGUUUCAAUUUCUGCUAUUUUCCCUCCAUCAAGUCAUUACCAAUCUUCAAUGGCAGUAGGGAAGGGUUAAGCAUGGAGCGGAAAGCUUAGCCACCUGAUUCUUACCUAGUCCCCUUUGCAGCGGUUCUUAAGGAUGUCAAGCAACACUCUCACUAACCAAGGAGACUAAGUCUGAACCCACUGCACUGCUCACAGUGUGCUGGUUGAACACAAACCAGAGAUAUUUAUUGUGCUACCGAAUUUCCCUCUUCCAGGGCAGAGUGGUUCCCCAACAAAAUGUAGCGCACACAAUGCCCGAGUCCUCCACACUGAGAACGAUAGAACGGCCAGCGGUAACAAAUGGAAGUACAUAGGUUCUGUGCCAAAUAAUCCGAACGAGGAGAUAAGAAAACAAGAUUGUAGAAAUAAGUGCGAACGGAUCUGUGUGCAGGAGAAAGAGGGAGGGCCUAACUUCCGCAGCUGGCCUGGCUGCGUUGCUUACUCGUCCUGGGUACAUUCAGGAGGGGGUACGUGCUAUUGCUAUGGCUGGGACCAAAAGCCUGAAUGGUAUUCCAGCUCAAGGUACCUCUCUGGUUGGUGUGAGAAAUAAUCAUGACAGUUGUCGAAGCGCCUUUUGGCACCCGUAAUGAACAUUUUUAUGUGAUUUAAAAUAAAUCCUCAAUUAUUACCUUGGCCUGAAAAAUAAACUCAUUUUAGUGAGACG